AUGCCCUCCCGCCCGCGCGUCAUCUACUGGUUCCGGACCGACCUCCGGCUGCACGACUCACCCGCCCUCGCGGCCGCCCUCUCCCUGGACCCGGCCGUGCUGUGGCCCAUCUUCACCUGGGACCCGCACUACGUGUACCGCGCCCGAGGGGGCCUGAACCGGUGGCAGUUCCUGCUGGAUUGUCAAAAUGACUUGUCGGAGAGCAUCACCAAGCUCAACCCCAAGUCGAAGCUGUUCGUGCUCCGCGAGGGCCCGCAGACGCUGUUCCCGAAGCUGUUCAAGGCGUGGGAGGUGACGCACCUGGUCUUCGAGAAGGACACGGACGCGUACGGGCGCGAGCGGGACGAGGUGGUCAUCAAGGCGGCCGAGAAGGCCGGGGUCACGGUGAUUGUGAAGAGCGGGCGGACGCUGUGGGACAGCGACGCCGUCGUGGAGAAGCACGGCGGCAAGCCGACCAUGUCCAUGGCGCAGCUGCAGGCGGCGGGCGCCAAGGUCGGGCCCAUCGCGAAGCCGAUCCCGGCGCCGGAGGCGCUCCCGGACCCCGGCGAGAUGCCGGUGGACUUUGAGCCGACGCCGCCCAAGACGAAGCCGGACUUUAACAAGGAGCAGCGCACGGAGGGAGACUCCGCGUAUAAGAAGAUCUCUGGGCCGGACGGUGACUUUGCGAUUGAGACGAUGGAGGAGCUUGGCUUCCCGUCUGCGACGACGCCGCACCGCGGCGGAGAGACGAAGGCGCUUGCGAUGCUCGAGGAGAUCUUGAAGAAUAAGAAGUACACUGCCACGUUUGAGAAGCCCAAGACGAGCCCGGCGGCAUUUGAGCCGCAGUCGACGACGCUGCUGUCGCCGUUCCUGCACUUUGGGGCGCUGUCUGUGCGGGAAUUCUACUGGAGGGCGAAGGAGGUGAUUGAUAAAUAUAAGGGAGCUGCGAAGACACCGGAGAACCUGCUGGGCCAGCUGCUGUUCCGCGAUAUGUACUUUGCGGCGCACGCCGCGUUGGGGUAUAAAUUCACCCAGACGGCGAACAAUCCCUAUUGUCGAUUCAUCCCGUGGCACUUGCCGUCCAAGGUCGACUCCAAGACGGGGCUCAUCACUGGCGAGUACCACGUCGAUUCCAAGCAGGCCGACGAGUGGUUCAGGAGGUGGAAGUAUGGACUGACUGGGUUCCCGUGGAUCGAUGCCCUGAUGCGCCAGAUGCGAGAGGAGGGAUGGAUUCAUCACUUGGGCCGGCACUCUGUGGCCUGUUUCCUCACUCGAGGGGGGUGCUACAUCGACUGGGAGCGCGGCUGCGAGGUCUUUGAGGAGUGGCUCAUCGACCACGAGCCGGCCGCCAACGCAGGCAACUGGCAGUGGCUGAGCUGCACGGCUUUCUUCUCGCAGUACUUCCGGUGCUACAGCCCGGUGUCGUUUGGCCAGAAGUGGGAUAAGCACGGGGACUUUGUGCGGCGUUGGGUGCCGGAGCUCAAGAAGCUAGACGCCAAGUACAUUUACGAGCCGUGGAAGGCGCCGCUGCCGGAUCAGAAGAAGGCCGGCGUGCGGGUGACGGGGCGUGGGGAGAAGGCGGAAGAGGGGGUGUACCCGAAGCCCAUGUUCGACUUCAACGAACGGAGGACGAUAUGCCUCCGGGCAAUGAAGCAGGCGUACCAGGUCGGGCUUCACGGAAACGACAAGAAGGUGCGGGAUGGUAGCUGGCGGGAGCUAUUUGAGGGCGACGACACGGAGAUGAUGGACGAGUUUGAGAGUGACGACGGGGCGCGGGCGGACGACGCGGACGACGAUGAGGACGGAGCGGCCAGGGCAAAGGGCGACGAGAUCACGCCGGCCAAGCGGGCUGCCGAGGAGGGCAGCGCCGAGCAGCAUGCCGACAAGAAGCAGAAAGCGUAG